AUGUCUCUACUCACCAAUUACGAGGGGCUGCGGCAUCAGAUAGAGAGGCUUGUGCGGGAGAAUGAGGAGCUCAAGAAGCUGGUGCGGCUCAUCCGGGAGAACCACGAGCUCAGAUCGGCCCUCAAGACCCAGGCUGGCGGCCUCGGCCUCAGCGGCUUCCCCAGCGGCCUCGGGGAGGCGGUGGCAGGCUCUGCGCCCCGCCAGGGCAACAAUGUCUUCCUGCCCACGGCCACAGCGACAGCCAAGGAACCCACGCUGGAGGAGAUGGGGAUCACGCCCCUGACGCCCCUGGCCGACAUGCUGGGAAGCCCACAGCCUGGAAUGAGCCCCCUGGGCACCCUGCUGCCCGGCCCCACCCCAGCGAUGCAGAGCAGCCCCAUCUCUGGCCUCCUGAGUGGGCCGGUGGCCGUGCCCUCCAUGGGCACGCUGACCGGCUCUUUGGGCAUGCUCUCCACCGGCUCGCUGACUCCCAGCAGCCCCCUGGCUGGCCCACUGGCCGUGUCGCAGAGUAGCCCUCUGAUGGCAUCCAUGGGGGGCCCCGUGGCCCUCUCGCUGAGCAGUCCCCUGCUCAGCUCCACAGCUGCCCCCAUAGGUGUCCCUCAGAACCUUCUGGCCAGCCCCAUGGGCAACCUGGUGCUGUCGGAGGCCCCCAGGGUGCGGGUGGCAGAACCGCUGCGCUCCUCGGGGCCCCAGGCCUCGGCCAUCCCUGCGCCCGUGCCCACUCCCAAACACCCCUCCUCUCCAGAGCACGCCCGGAUGUCCCAGGAUCCAGAGCCCCCCGGCGUGAUGUUCGCGGAUGCCCCCCUCCAGUCCUCCACCCCCGCAGGCGCCGCGGCCUUUGCGCAUGGCACCUCAGACCGGGCCCAGCCCGGGGCCCCCCAGGCACAGGCGGUCCCCGCCGCUUCUGCCCCGCAGUCCCCCCCGGGCUACGGCUCCGCCAGCGCCGCGCCCUCCCAGCCCCCCAGCCACCCGCAGGCCUCGCCCGGCCCCCACUCAACCCCACGCAACUCGCAGCCCUCCCCGCCGCGCACCGUGUCCUCCCCGGCCUCGGUCAGCGACACCCGGGGCUCGCGCUCCUCGGAGGCGUCCCGCAAGAGUGUGCUGGAGCUGGAUCGGAAGACGACCCACCGCAAGAGCAGCAAGUUCCCGGAGAGCUCCCGAGACGCGCCCCGAGAGUCCAAGCAGCUGGCCUGGGAGAGGCUGGUGGGCGAGAUCGCCUUCCAGCUGGACCGUAGGAUCCUGUCCAGCAUCUUUCCGGAGCGCGUGCGCCUCUACGGCUUCACCGUCUCCAACAUCCCGGAGAAAAUCAUCCAGGCCUCACUGAACCCCACCGACCACAAGCUGGAUGAGGAGUUGUGCCAGACGCUCACUCAGCGCUACGUGAGCAUCAUGAACCGGCUGCAGAGCCUGGGCUACAACGGGCGGGUGCACCCGGCGCUCACGGAGCAGCUGGUCAAUGCCUACGGCAUCCUGCGGGAGCGGCCCGAGCUGGCCGCCUCCGAGGGCGGCUCCUACACCGUGGACUUCCUGCAGCGGGUGCUGGUGGAGACGGUGCACCCCAGCAUGCUCACGGACGCUCUGCUGCUGCUGUCGUGCCUCAACCAGCUGGCACAUGACGACGGCAAGCCAAUGUUCAUCUGGUGA